GAUAUUUUUUUCUGGGUUUAAUAUUAAUCUCUGAAUGUAUGAAUCUGAGCUGAAUCAUCCUGUGUUUUUCUCUUGUAUAACUUUCUUUGUCAGAUAAUUCCAGUCAUCAGCAAUGUUUGCUAAUCUGUAUAUGAUUGAAACCUCAGGCUCAACAAAGACAAUUUGUUUUUUUUUAACAGUGUAAUUCAAAAUGUCAUAUAAGCAACGCAAAUAUGAUGGUUGGCUUUCAGCUGACAUUACAGUUGAGGCUGUACCUAAACUGGGCAAUUUCUGUUAUUAAUGAUGAAAAUAUAAUAGAAAUGUUUGCUACAGUUGUUUGCUAUUAACAGAGUGAUGAAGAUGCAGAAUGUGAGAUGACAGAAAUCAACAUGCAAGAUCUUCCUGUGACGAAUAUUUCUUUUACAACUUUCACACUGAAUGGUUACCACGGUUUAAAAGAAUGGCGUCCUAUAUUAACCAUACCCUAUCUUCUUAUGUUUCUGUUGUCUGUCACCGCAAACUCGUUUCUGAUACUGUUAAUUAUAUCCCAGAGAGCUCUGCACUCUCCAAUGUUUGUAUUAAUUGGCCUGAUGGCUGCUGUGGAUCUGUUUUGGCCAAUAUUUUUUGUCCCACACAUGCUGCUCAACUUCUUAUUUGACUGGAAUCAGAUUUCUCUUUCAGGAUGUUUAAUACAGAUGUUUUGUAUUUAUAUAUUUGGUACAUUUCAGUCUACUGUACUGCUGUGGAUGUCUCUGGAUCGGUACUUUGCUAUUUGCAAACCUCUUUCUUACCACAAAUACAUGCAGGUGUCCAGCUUUCUAAAGUAUGUUAUUGUGACAGUAAUCAGAAAUGUCAUCUUCAUUACUUUAGUGGUUUCUUUGGCUGGAAAUCGGCAUUAUUGUAUGACUAAUGAGAUUGAUCACUGUUUUUGUGAGCACAUGGCAAUUGUUCAGCUGGCAUGUGAAGACAUUUCUAUCAAUAAUUUAGCAGGUCUUUUAACUACGUUUCUCGUUCCAACUACAGAUUUUGUACUUAUUACUGUUUCUUAUGUAAUAAUAUUUUCUUCUGUCUUAAAAUCAGGAAGGUCUCACUCUAAAGCUGUUAGCACCUGUGUUACACAUAUAAUCAUUAUGACUGUUUCUUUAGGACUUGCAUUGAUCGCUUUUUUGUCAUACAGAACAAAGAAUGUUUUUUCUCCUGACAUGCAUACUUUAAUCAGUACAAUGUACAUAGUUAUUCCAAGUUGUUGUAACCCAAUUAUAUAUGGAUUGAGAACCAAGGAAAUUAGGGAACAAUUGCUGAAAUUUAUAAAGCAUGGCAUAGUUUUACCCCAAUAAACUAUUAUUAUGCACUGUUGUAUUG